UAAAAAUCAAACUCGACGAAGGCGUGUCGUUUACUUGCUUUUGUUUAAAAAAAAAAAAAAAGGAGAGAUAGAGAUAGGGAGAGUCGCCCGGAGAUCCCUUUUGAAACGCUUUGUAAUCGAUCUGAGAAUUGCAAAAACAACUCCAAAAUCUUCAAAUUCUGAUUAUUCAUAUUUCUGAAAGAUGCAGAAUCAGGAGGGGGCAGUAGCUGAUGGGGAAAAGGAGUCUGCUGUUACUGUUCCCAUAGCUGAAUUUGACAACUGGGCAAAUUUUGCAGAUGAUGAUAUCAUGCAGCAACAAUCUGCCAUUCAUGCUGAGGAAGCCAAGAAAAUUCCAUUUGUAGGCGACAAGGAACCUCUCUGUAUGUUGGCAGCUGAAUAUGAAUCAGGAAGUCCUAUCUUGCUAGAGAAAAUAAAGGUGCUCAGUCAACAAUAUGCUGCCAUUAGACGAACACGGGGUGAUGGAAACUGCUUUUUCCGGAGUUUUAUGUUUUCAUACCUUGAGCACAUUUUGGAAUCACAAGACCAUGCCGAGGUUGGUCGUGUCAAAGGCAACAUUGAAGAAUGUCGAAAGACACUUCAGACCUUAGGUUAUGCAGAUUUUACAUUUGAGGACUUUUUUGCGUUAUUCCUUGAGCAGCUGGACAGUGUUCUUCAAGGAAAUGAAGAUUCCAUAAGUCAGGAUGAGUUAAUAAUAAGGAGUCGAGACCAAUCAAUAUCCGAUUAUGUUGUAAUGUUCUUCAGAUUUGUUACCUCUGGUGAAAUACGAAAGCGUUCAGAGUUUUUCGAACCCUUUAUUUUGGGAUUAACAAAUGCAACAGUGGAACAGUUUUGCAAAUCAUCAGUAGAGCCAAUGGGUGAAGAGAGUGAUCAUGUGCACAUUACUGCCCUUUCAGAUGCGUUGGGUGUGCCAAUCCGAGUUAUGUACCUUGAUAGAAGCUCUUGUGACAAAGGUGGUGUCAGUGUAAACCAUCAUGAUUUUGUUCCUACUUCGGGUGACCAUUCAAAUGCUACAAGUGAUAGCAGUGAGCCAAUCAGGCCUUUUAUUACAUUACUAUAUCGGCCAGGUCACUAUGACAUUCUCUAUCCAAAAUGAUGCACUUGCAUUUUCUGGUAGAUUGUUGACAAUGUCCCAAUCAGUUGUCCUUGUGGGCAAAUGUACCUUGCAGGGGUAAUGCAAAAGCAUACACUGGAUUAUUCUGCUGUAACUCAAUGUUCUAAACUGUUUAUGUGCUUCUUAACUGUGUGACAUUGAUGGGAUAUAUAAACACAGGGUUACCGCAAGACUUGGAAAAUUGGUAUCUUUGUAUUGAGAAUGUUCAUGGCACCCAGAAUGUUAAAAUUGCAUCGGUCCAAAUAUAACUGUUCAUUCUGC